AUUGAAGAUCUGCAGGAUCAGAACUAAACGAGAACGAAGCAGAACCAGGACUCGGAGAUGGACCGGGAUCAGAACCAGGACUCGGAGAUGGACCGGGAUCAGAACCAGGACUCGGAGAUGGACCGGGAUCAGAACCAGGACUCGGAGAUGGACCGGGAUCAGAACCAGGACUCGGAGAUGGACCGGGAUCAGAACCAGGACCAGGAGUCCAGCAUCAGGACCAAAGCGGGAUCUUCCUCUGCUGGUCUGCAGAAACAUAAAGGCAAAGAGAGACCCACAAGUUAUCGUUGUGAUCACUGCAAGAAAGUCCUCAACACUUCAUCAGGCACUCAAGGCCGGAGACUUUGUCCUCGUCAAGGUCCUACGGCGAGACAACUGGGCGGCACCACGGUGGGACGGGCCGUAUCAAGUUCUCCUGACGACACCCACGGCGAUUAAAAUUGCGGAAAGGCCCCCCUGGAUCCCGCAGUCACACUGUAAGCGCAUCAUCACCGAGCCAGAGUGAGAAUCUACUGAUAGAGUAGCAACGAAGCCCGGCUACAAAGGGGGCAGGAACCAAUAGGGGCCUGUCGUCUCAAACCGGUGAAGAAAAGAAGACAUGGCUCUGCGCUGUCUGGUGAUCCUGGCCUUUUUGGGCCUCGUGGCGUGUACCCCGCUGAUGCUUCGUUCCCCAUCGGACAUUCACCGCUGCCAGGAGUAAAAGGUCUGUGACUGAUGUGAUGAAAUGUUCCACCUCUGACCCGCACACCACCAUUCUAUGUGCUCCACGAACCAAGACCACCACCUUCGUCAUCCCCUUCCACACGUCACCCAAGUCCAACGACGUGUGGCGACUCGACAUGAGUAGGGUGAUGAGGAUGUUUGGUGGUACGUAUCCUGUAAUGAUUUGGUACAUAACUCUUGGUGACUAUUACACGUGGUCCUGGAAAUACCUCGUAGGUGAGUCCAACGCCGACUGGUCGUCCUCCACCACUGACCGGAAAGCUCUACAGUGGAGGAAGCAACUCAGCCUCACAUCCUCCAGAAGAAACCUCGUCAUCACUCUGCGACCUGACCAACGCAGCUCACCUAACGCUGCAUCUUGUGCUGAUUUCCUCAUCUCUCCUUGGGUGGAGGCGAAGCCUCCCCGGUACCAGUACAAGAUCUGCUACACGGACAGUGCUCCCAAAGUUGAAAUCACAACAUGGAAUGGAAAUGUGAAGAGUAAACAUGAUAAACAUGUUCAAAUCAAUGGUAAAGGUGAAACAAUGUCUGCUCCUAUUACAGAUGCAUGGUCCGACCGAGACCGAGAUCCUGCAGGACGAGUAAACUCCUGGUGGACGGCUGUGAAGUCUAUUGUUGACGCCUUACAUGUUAACUCCUCUUGUUAUGCAUGUUCCCUCAUGUCCCACUCACAGCGGGACUCGUCCUUUGUAAAACCUAAACCAUUGACUGUCUCUGAUGUUAUCUGUGUGUUAAAGGGUAUGUUCAAAGCAACGAAUACGUCUGGAAAACCUGUCAGGACGAAGUGGUUAAAGUUGAACUUAACUGAUGUCUCUGAAUGUUCUCGCUGGAAUCAGAAUCUGAUCAGAGUGAAUGGCACGGAAGCCAGAGAACACCCUGACCUUAACCAGCCUGUGAUUUCUAUUGAACCUGCACAAGUUCCUGAAAACUUUCCACUUUGUUUCAGGCGUUUAUACGCGGGUGCUAAACCGAGCGUUCCAGUAGGCUCCACCUCCGGCUGUCGGAUGACAGUCAACGCCACGUGUGGUGAAGGGCCUCUUUAUAAUCAGUCGGUUUGCCUCGGUCCCCGCGCUAACGCCGCUUCUGUGAGUGACCUGACAGGUAACUUUUCUGACACAGAUGCUGUUUCCUGGCCUUCUGAUGAAGGAUGCAGCAGCCCCACCAGCGCUGCGUGGCUCUGUGGUUAUGAUGUGUAUCAGGUUCUUCCCUACGGCUGGAUCGGGACCUGCAUCCUGAUUGAACUCACACCUGCUAUUACCCUGUACGACCAGUUGACAUACUCCACCCAUCAUUAUCCCCACUACAGGCAGAAGCGUGCUGGCGAUGUUCCAGUACAGACCACCGCAGGAGAGAAGUUCUUCGCCGGUGUGUUUCCGUGGUGGGGGGCUGUUAAGAAUGCUCACGGCGUAGAUGCAGUGCAUAUUCAACUGGAAAACUUAACAGCAAUUCUGACUAAGGGCAUGUCAUCUCUCCCGCCCUUCAUGGUCGCCACUCGUACCAUGCUGAUGCAACAUCAAUUUGCCUUAGAUCUGCUCUUAGCCUCACAAGGAGGUUUGUGUCAUGUCAUUGGUGAAAAAUGUUUUACUUACAUUCCUGAUGCUGCUGCAAAUAUUUCUGACACCAUCAGUCAUAUGAAUGAUCUGCUUGCGCAAAUGAAAAAAGGUGAUGUUUAUGAAUCCGCCUCCGGCUGGGAUAUAUGGUCCUGGAUCUGGUCCGGAGGCUGGUCUGGAAGACUCACUAAGCUACUUAUGCCCAUUGGUAGUGUUCUCAUAUUAUUCUGUGUGUUCAUUAGCUGCAUCAUACCCUGUGUCCGCUGUAUGAUAUCACGUAUGAUCAACGUCUCCAUGAUUCAAUAUACUGCUAUGGUCCAGUAUGCUGCGUCCACUGCUGAAGAUUCGGACCUCGCACUGCUGGAGGCGAAAUUCCAACAGGCGAUGCAGGAUGAUGUCGUGUAAUUAAUGAUGGUCUGGUAGAAAAUGCUUGUCAAGUUACCAAGAUUUGAUAUACUGCAUGUGCAUUAUCCUAAUAUGAUAAACAGGGGGGAAUGUUAGAGGGAAAAUAUUUACUCAUGAUGUGGCCUGUUUGAUUGUUUCUUUUAUCUAUCUGCUUUUCUCACCAUUCUUUGCUGCAUCAUGUGAACCAUGUCAAGGUCGCCUCAUCUGUAUCCAAUGUGCGAUGAUGUGAUCCACACCACACCCACAGCACGCCUACUUCUUGAUUGUACUCUAAAAUCUACACCCUUUUCUUCUGUAAAUACACACCCAUUUUUACAUGUCUUUAAAUAAACUUUGCCGGGGGCA